AUGAAGUCUGAAAUCUUCUUUGGCACCCUCGCCUCACUCGCCGUGGCAUCUGCAGCCUCGCCUCUCAUCACGCGCAGCGAGCGUAUCACCCUGAAGGGCGACCAGCUCAACGGCAUGCGCGACGUUCUUAGGGCCAACGGAAUGGCUGACGUUCUGGCCGCGAACCAAAACAUCCAGUGCACUAUCACCUACUCGCUUGCAUUAAGUACUGAGGCGCCGUGGACCAUUACCUUGGCUACUCUCAACCUCGAGAACUGCCAGUUCACUGCUUGA